AUGUCCGCUUACGAGAAUCAAGGGAGACUUUCCCCCGAGGAGAAGGCGGCAUGGGAGCUUGAGGAGCUGUUAGUGAAGGUGGUCAUUCAGGAUUCUCUGACCACAGGCUCAACUAUCCGCCAGGCUCAGGCAGCGCCGGCAUCUGUGGAGGAGCAACUCGAGAAAGUUCGGCUGAGAAGCGUGGUGGAGGAGUCUCGCUUGGAAGCUAGGCGGGCCCAGCGUCUUCGCCAGGAACGUGGCCACCGUGAACAGCUCGAGCUUCGGCAAGCAAUCGCGGCAUCACUCGCGGAGACGGCCGACACACAAUCUCGUCGCCGGAAGCGUGACCAGCGCGAAGAACUCGAACUUGAACAAGCACUGAUGGCAUCGCUAGAGGAGAAAGCCAAGGCACGGUUACGUCGUCGAGCGCGUGCCGACCAGGAACUGGCCAAACUUUACCAAGCGGGCGAGGCGGUUACGAAGAAACCCAACCCACGGGCUCAGCGCUCUCGCCGGGAGCGUAACCAUCGCGAACAAAUCGAAUAUCAAAAAGGAUUGGUGGCUUCGCUAAAGGAAACGACCACGCUACGAUCUCUCCGCCCGGGGCCUGACCACCAUGAACAGGUCCGACGUCAACGAGCAGCCGUGGCAUCAGUUACGGAGAAAACCAAUUCACGGCUUCAUCGCCAUCCCUGGGAGCGUGACCAUCGCCAACAAAUCGAAUUCCAAAAAGCAAUCCAAGCAUCGCUGAUGGAGAAAAGCAAGAAACGCCAUCGUCGCGAUGAUGACCCCUUGGAGUAUGACCCAUUGGCGGAUGCCAACAACGCUUGGACUCGACGGCAUCCCAACGCUGCCCGCGAAGCAGCGCCAGCGGUUGAGUACCGCCCCGCCCCGACGAGGAUGACGGAGACCCGUCAGCCCCCAACACGCCCCGAGCAAGCGAGGCCGCGCCCGGUGGCACCUGUAGCUGUGGACAGCACCUCUGAUGGCCGCAAGCGCAAAGUCCGCCUCCUGGAGAGUCGCCUGCCAGACAGAAGUCGCACCGUCGACUCCGUUCCCGAUAGGUCCAGACCUAUCAGCCGCCCCGUGGACAGCCAGCGCAGGGUGCGUUUCGCCCCAGAGCCGACUCUGCCGAGCAGGGCUUCGGAAGUGCCGCCGCUCGCGGCCACCAUAUACCGAUGGCUCCAGACACGGGUGGGGCCAAAGCCCGCGAUAAGAUGCUUUGGCUCCUGCAGGCAGGAGUUGGUGUUUCGAGGCGUGCAGAGGGAUAACGGGAGGCGUGAGCAGUCCAUUAUCCUCCACUGCGGGCACGUGGUGGGAAGUUGGAAAGAGGAGGAUACGACGUCGAAACGUUCAAAACUCUGA